AUGGAAUCUCCAACUAUCAAUGAACAUGUACCACAAGUACAAGCUGAUCAACCAGUAGAGCCAGUUACUAUACCAACAGUACCAGAGACACCCAACAGAGAAAUUAAGGUGUUUAAUCCUCCUGCCAAUGCUCCUCCUCCAGCUGAAGUUCCAGAAUCAUUUUACAAACUAGAUGCAAAUGAAGUCGGGCGACUAUACAAGUCUCAAGUAGACAAUCGACAAAAAAUGGAGAAUGCACCAUUAAGGACGCAAAAGAUGCGGACAACAGAAGAACAGGAGAGAAUGAAAAAAUACCCAAGAACAACUAUCAGAGUACGUCUUCCUGAUGGUACUAUUCUUCAGGCAGUGUUUCAAUCCAAGGAGAAAGUAUCUGCCUUGUACACUUUUAUUCGUUCUACACUCGAAACUCCCGACCGUCAGUUUUUGCUGUGCCUCCCACCUCGUACCAAACUAGUAGAUCCAGACCUUACCCUUUACAAGGCAAAUCUUGCACCAGCAUCAAAUGUCAUGUUUGUAUGGAUCGAAAAGGCAACAGGUUCAGACACUCAAGUUCUUAAGAAGGAGUACCUUGACAUGAAACAACCUUUAGCAUCAUCAUCAGCAUCAUCAUCAUCUCCAUUGGCCUCUCAGGAUCCUGCUCAACAACAGCAGCCAAAGCCAACUCCACCUGUAAAGACAAGUAAGGUCCCAAAGUGGCUUCAAAAAGGACUGUACAAGAAAUAA